GUGGAAUUUUGACAUGUUUACACAAAAACUUGAACUUCUUGUACUACUCGUACUCGUACGUCUAAGUCGUUCAUACGAUUUUGAAAGUCAACGACUUUUGCGUCAUCAGAGGACAGUUGUAGCACUAAAAACUAAAUAGAAAUCUUCAAUACAUCAGCAGGGUUGCUAUUGUUGCGUUUUAUCCACGCCUCUAAUUUCACACCGAUACCCAUUUCUACUACUAUACGCAUACAAACACUCUUCUACAUUUUUACCUCGUUUUUAUCGCGCUCAAAGAUUGCAUCCCCCUUGCAGAAGCAAUUUGUACUAGUCCCAGUUAGAAGCAGUUGCUUCGAUCACUCGACGGACAGAAAAUGAGUAGAAGUAGUCUGGCUUCUAACUCUCCUACAAACGCUACUGCCUCGUCGGAGCCCAACAUUUUGAAGAGCAUCAACCUUGCCUCAUCGUCAACCAUCGCCUCCCAAUCGGACCAAAACAUGGCAGACGCCGCGGGUAAGAGCACGCCGCGCUCCACCGUGGCCGCGAGUCUGGAUAGUUUACAGAAACUCGCUGUUCAGCCCCUGACGCCCACGAUUCGCGAUAGCCUCUCUCGACUGAUUCAGACCCUGAAGGGCAUCCAGCAGCAGGUGCGGUCAGAGCAGGUACCGCGGGAGAAGCUUCGGGACCUGUACGACGAGGCGUGUUCGCAGGCGGGCACCUUGCGGUUCGAGAUUGCUUCCUCCUACAAAGACAGCCCGGAACUACGCGAUCUGUUACUGCAGCAGGUGCAGCAGUGCCACGAUUUACUGAAGAGCAUGUACAAGGCCCUGUGUGAUCGACUCUCAAUUCAAGUGGCACUGGAGAGCCUCAGGGAUUUGAAAAGUGCCUGUGUCUCCGUCACCAUCGCGUGCCGAGAUUCCUUGUUGCAGCUUUGCGAACGGGUAAUCGACCUGCUCGGAUGCAUGUUGCGGCAAGUGCCAGGUAAGUCUAGCCUAGAAACAAGGGUUCUUGUAUAGCUUCUAGGCGUGAGCAGGGUGAGCGAGACCGGAGGUUGAUCAUUCAUGUGGAUGAUGUGUGCAUGCGUAGGGUACUACUUACUAGUUUGUCGUCUCCUGUACUGGGUGGUUUUAUCAGUCGAGCAUUUUAGCAUUUCAUGCUGACCAGCCCGAAGCAAGCUGAAAAAAUUGAAAUGAUUUCGUCCGCGAAGGCAAGCUUUACAAUGAACAAUCCUCUUCAUCUCCUUCUCAGGUUACACGGUUUUGAAGCAGCUGUACGACAAUGCGCAAGACGCGCUUUAUUCCCUGAAGAAGCUUCUGCUCGGGGAAACCGGCCUCGCCGAGGGGUUGAAGAAGCGGUUACUUUCCCGAAUCGAGCUGGCUUCCGAAUACCUCAACGCCGUCAAGGACCGACUGAUCAAGUCGCAGUCCCUGUCGCUCGCCCUGGACACCCUGGAAGACAUCGAGAAGAACGUCGAGUCGCUGUUUCUCGUCGGUCGGGAAAGAGUCGAGGUGAUCUACAAGGACUCCACGUCCUCGUUACUCUCCGGGUACAAGCACGGGCACAACCGCGGACAGAGUCUGGUGCAGGAAUCCACGCAGCGGGUGCAGGUGGAGUUCCAGCGGCAGAAGGACCUGUUCGUCCACGAUGCGUUGUCCGCGACGCGCGCACGGAUCAAGGACUUCCAACAGGAGAUGCUGAUCGUGAACGACCUGAACCUGGAGAAACUCCAGGAGAAGUACGAGGACUGCUUUUUUGGCCUCCAGGAGAUGUCACAGGCGGAGUUCCUGGAUUUCCCCGACGCGUUGCUGCCCGAGCAGGUGGCGCUGCUGCGGAAAAAGAUCGCCAUGGUGGGGGAAUAUUUGCAGGAAACGGUUUCCCGGAACCACUUGUCCUCCACGUUUUUUACGACUUCGGCGAGGUACUUGCAGUCUGUGUUGUCUCUGAAAAAAGCCUUGUCGAAACUGCAAGAAUGCGGGAGCUCGGUGGCCAGCAUGGUGCCGUUCUCCUCGCAAAUCUCCACAUUGUACAGCAAGGGGCUGGCCUUGUUGAAGAAGAUUCUCCUCUUCGAGCAAAUCAAGGGCUUGCUCCCCGUCACCUUCGUGUCCAACAUGUUCCGCAAGGCGUUCGAGGUGGUCAACAAUUUGCGGGUCACGAUCCAAAGCGCGAUGUUGGCCGCCGGAGGUAAGGUGCUCCACGGCAUGAUGGACGUGAAGGACUUUGUGUUGGAACGGGUCUCGCAAGUGUGCUCGAUUUUGUACUCGGCGCAGCAGCAGGCGUUCACUGCCGUGUACAACAUGUCACUCGACGCAGCCAUCACCGCGGACAGAAUGUAAGGGACUACUUUCGCUUUAGUUUGUUGUAUUGUAGGAGCACAAUAAAUUCACACACGACCACUGAAUCGAUAAAAUAGAUAGUGCCGGUUUUCUUCCAAUUCUACCUAAUUGAGUUUGUUGACGGGUUGAAGGGUGUGCCGCUUUUGUUCAUUCUGGGGGGGGGGGGUGUCGUUUGUUUGUCCCAAGACCAAGAGCGAAUGAUCAACUAACAUCACCAAAAAACUCAACUCACAGAUUCGGUGUGAUGAAACUAGCGGAGAUUCUGUUUCGCCGCGCGAAGGUCGCGGACAAGUAUGCCCUCGGAAUGGGGACCGCCAUCGUCGGAAAGGGCCUCGCGCUCGAUAGGUGCAUAACGGGCGGAAAAGCCAAGAACCUCGUUGUCAACGCAUUGGAAGACUACGAGCUGCGUGGCGGGCGAGCCUUGCAAUUUAUUUCAGACGAGACAACAAGCGGAAACGAUUUAAAUGAAGGUGAGGAGACUUCUGACAAAGGCGAAGGUAGAGAAACGAAUAAGAAUAAACUGCCGAAUCUUCUAGUGUGAAAGUAAAAAUACAAAUAGCUGGUUAUCUCGCGCUAAAAAAAUUAUACAGUGGUCAUUUUCAUAAUUUCUACGCUCUUUGACGUUUUGGUUUUGCAAUGUUCCUCGCUUUUUAUUUUUCCAUUACACGCAGCUGCUGCUGCUGGUGAUGAAUCUGUAGCAGACGAAGCACCGACUUACUUUACUUCAUUCAUUUUCCAUCCUACCCACUGUCUACAGUAAUCAAUGUGCAUCCAUUUUCCCGUGUCUUGAAUCGACCCGCGAGUUCGUAUCGUGCUCGCGGUGCAGCUACUCGAGAACAUCUAAGUAGCAGACUUGUAGUUCUUUACAAGAAAACGUGUGUGAAGUAAAUGUUAAAGUUUUCGUUUACUCGUCGAGCACCAUCGUAUUUCUGAGGUUGCGCAGUGUCAGUCAUCACUAACCCUUCCGGGCUCCCCGGCCCUUUUCAAUGAAGAAAGUAUAGCUUUUUCUGCGAAAGGAUACCUGAGCUGUUUGAUGUUUUUUUCUUGUUGUUGAACGGAAUUUGUGCCUAAUCUAUAAUCUAAGUGCCUUAGCUUAGACUCGAUACCGAGAAUUUCGGACGACGCAAAACAAGACUUUUCGUAGUAGUCACUACUACAGUUCGCUUCAUUUUCCUUGACACAGUUUCUGCCAGUAAUGGCUUUUUUAUCGAACGCUUUUAGUUUUAUUUUCCACCUUCAAGCAUAGCCUCAUAACAAGUCCGAAAAAACCUAGCCUCAUAACAGCUGCGCCCCUAAGGUAUAGAUCAACUGUUCGUCAUAGAGGAUCGGCGUUCAGCUGCUCUCGGGCUGGAGGAGGGAGUAGCACGCAGCAGUCCGCUAAAGGGCACACUGCCAACAUCAUCAUCAUAGCCACUAACGCCAGCGCUGUACUGCUCUGUGUAUCACUUUCGCGAGCGUUUGCGACAGGCGAGUCGCCCAUAUUUUCUUCGCGAAUAUGACUCAAGUGGUUCUGAUAUUGGUGUGUAUUUGUGCCACCUAUUCACGCAUCAACUUCAACACGCCAUCGUUUGUAUGUACGCACGUUUAAUACGCAGCUAAAGCUUAUCGCUUGCAGCUAUUAAUUAGGAGGUAGUAACCAUUGGAUUUUUAUUCAACACUCUACAUCAAUCUGAGUUUGCUGUAACCGCGGCACCAGAUAUGUUGCCCGGCAGAUAACCACGCACCACCAACGCGCACCACCAUGUUGAAUUUUUCUAUAGCAAGCAAAGUCAGG